CAAAAAGAACAUACGUUUGACGUCCAGAAUUCAUUCGAACGUCGAAUAAGUAAUUCUACUUAAGGAAAAUUUUUUAAAAAAGAAUAGUUAUAAUAAAGUUAACUUUCUCUGAAAAGUCAACCACUGUCAUAAAUGAAUAGCAGUCAGGAAGUUAACAUAGCCGGUGGCACAAAAACUUUUUCAGAACUGCUGAAAGAUUUGUAUAAAGUUUACAAGAGUGAUAAAGAAGAAAUAUCAGGAAUUAUCAAGAAUCUUCGAAAAACUUUAGAGGAUUACAAAGUAAAAUUACGGACGGUUCAAAAAGAUAGAGAUGUAUUUCGUUCGCGUUCGAAAAAAGAAUCUGACAAAAAUAAAAUAUCAUCAAUGGAUAUCAAGUCUUUGAAAAAUAAAAUUGAAAUCUUAAUGAAUCAGUUAUUUCAUCUCUUUUAUUCUAAAACAUUGAUUUAAACAAAUUUUUUUAACAGAGUUAAUCAUUGCCCGAAUUGCAUUAUUCUAAAGGAUCAAAUUGAAGAUAUGAAAAAAACUAAUGAUGUAUAUAAGCAACUUCUGAUUAGAGAUAAAAUUGAUAUUCCAGAUGUGUUCGAAACUAUUCCCGAUACAUGUGAUAUUAAUAGUAACUAUGAACAUAUAAAGAAAAAUUCAAAUACCAACCAAGCACUCCGUGAAGUUAAUUUUCUUGAUGACGAAAAUGGAGAUGAAAAUGAAAAUCAAAUUCAAAGAGCCGAUACAUCGACUCCCUAUGAAGAAUUGAACAGUGAUUGUCACUCUGUAGAAGAAUUUCAAAUAGUUUCGUCGUCAGAUUCAAAUAAUGCAAGAAGUAAGAAAAGAAAAAGUGAAUCGGAAGUUGAGCUUAAAGUUGUCCAUAAAGACAAAUCACCUCCAAAGCGGAAGAAGGUUAUUUUAAAGGGAUUAAUUGAUUUCUCACAGGAGUUGUUGGACGACAAUUUGCCAACUAAGGGUAAUAGUAAGAAUUCUUCAAACUUCAGUACAUCUACAAAAGUUAAUAAAGCUGGAAAUUUGUCGAGGAGCUCAAGCAAAAAUUUAAAACUUAAUCAGAAACUAGAAUGCCAAAGAAUACUUUUCAAAGUGGAGAAAAAUGAGGCAAAAUCAUAUACUAUUGAUGAAAAAUCUGAUGAUGUUAUAAAAAGUUCACACAGUUCUGUUGAUCAAGUGGUACCAACUUCUGGGACAAAUGAAUGGGAUCUGAUGAGCUCUAGCAGCUCUAUUAUUCCCUCUUGGACUCAUCCUCACAAAAGAAAGAAAAAAAUAUCGGAAAAGAGAAAAAUUUUUCACAAGAAAUAUAAAAGAAGACAAAUAUAAGAAUUUCAAAUAUAAGACUUCUAUGAUUAUGAAUCACUA